AUGAAGCUUACGCUUUCGGUCUCGGUCGUGGCACUCUGUGUGCUGGCCAAUGCUGCCUCCCUCGAUCUCAACAAUCGCGCCACGGGAGGAUACGUUCAGAAUCCUAGCGGGUCUGCUUCUUUCACGCAAUAUACGGGAUGUGGCCAGCCAGCUUGCGGCAUCCCCGCCUCCGGCUUCACCGCCGCCAUCUCCCAACUCGCCUUCGGGUCAGCCUCAGGUCUCGGCGCCGGCGACGCCUGCGGUCGCUGUUUCGCACUCACAGGAACCGCGGACCCGUACUCACCCUCGUACACCGGUCCGUUCGGUCAGAGCGUGGUCGUGAAGGUCACGGAUUUGUGUCCGGCACCGGAGAAUGAGCAGUGGUGUGGGCAGACGACGUCGAACCCGACGAACCAGUUUGGGGCGCCGGUCCACUUCGACCUCUGCGAAGACACCGGCGCUGCCGCACAGUUCUUCCCCUCAGGCCACACCGCUCUUACGGGCAGCUUCUCCGAGGUUUCGUGCUCGGAGUGGUCUGGAUCUGAUGGGGGUUCUCUGUGGAACGGGGCGUGUUUGAGCGGGGAGUCGGCCGCGUUGUGGCCCAGUGGCACCGGAUGUGGUAACCAAGGAACGGCUCCCUGAAAACAGACGUGAUGAUGUGAAACCUUGGAUGGCCUAUGUACCUAGUUUGGGGUCAGCUAUGCGGCUCAGAAAAUAAGGGUUGACUAUCCGGAUUGCUUGUUAUUUGGUAAUUAUUCUAGUUGUUGCAUGGACGGGAAUCAAAACGGCCUGCUUGCUCGAAUAUUUUCGUGUUCAU